AUGGCUGGUCUAAGCUUUGACAAUUACCAAAGAAAUCAAUUCCUAUCGGCAAAGGGUUAUGGUGCUCCUACAGCCACUUCCACAGGUACCACCAUCGUUGGUGUCAAAUUCGACGGUGGCGUUGUGAUCGCCGCAGAUACUAGAGCUACAGCAGGAGAUAUUGUUGCUGAUAAGAAUUGUGAGAAAUUACAUCGUUUAGCACCAAAGAUUUGGUGUGCAGGUGCUGGUACAGCUGCUGAUACUGAAAUGGUUACUCAGUUGAUUGCAAGUAAUCUUGAAUUACAUUCAUUAUCUACAGGUAGAGAACCAAGAGUCGUUACUUCAUUAACUCAAUUGAAACAACAUUUAUUCAAAUAUCAAGGUCAUAUCGGUGCUUACUUGAUUGUUGCAGGUGUGGAUCCAACUGGUGCACAUUUGUUUAGUGUUCAAGCCCAUGGUUCAACAGAUGUAGGUUAUUAUCAAUCUUUAGGUUCGGGUUCUUUAGCUGCCAUGGCUGUUUUAGAAAGUAGAUGGGAAAAAGAUAUAACAAAAGACGAAGCUAUAAAAUUGGCUGCUGAUGCAAUUGAAGCUGGUAUUUGGAAUGAUUUAGGUUCAGGUUCAAAUGUUGAUGUUUGUGUGAUGGAAGUUGGUAAAGAUGCACAAUUGUUGAGAAACUACUUGACUCCUAAUGUUAGAGAACAAAAACAAAGAUCAUAUAAAUUCCCAAGAGGUACUACUGCUAUCCUAAAAGAAUCUAUAUAUAAUCUAGUAGAUGUUCAAGAGGAGCUAGUUGUUGGAGGUGGUGAUGAAAUGGAAGUUGAUGCUUAA